AUGGAACCUCACGACGUCGAGAUCCUCGUGCACGUAACCUCGCCGAGCAAAGUCUCCGAUGACGACACGUACAGACACCUCGCGCGGGCAUAUCUCGCUUUCCAGCCCGGAAGCAGAGUCGAUAUUAUCGCGCCCGCAACACUUCUGCCUUGCCCAGCAAGCACACCGCAACUACCUUCACUCAACCAGCGCCAUCGUGAUUUACACCCGUUGCCAGGACCGCCCCCGGAGUCCAGUCAGGACUACGUGACGCCGACUGUGGAAGAAGCCUUCUGUCCAGAAUCCCAAGACCUCAGCUUCCAGAGCGCAAUAGAUAAUCGGGCUUCGCCGCCUCUACGCGCAAAUACACGCUCUUCCUUACAAAGAAGGCUCCAAAUCGCGACUCCUUCGCCGUCGUCGUGGAAUCCGCCGCCCAGCCAAAUAAGCGACUCAUAUCCGCUUCCCGACGCCGGCAUCAUCAACGUCACGCCAACUCGAGUCCUGCAGCGCUAUCUCCAAAAGACGCCCUCAUCAAGCCCUCCCUCGCCCAAGGAUCACGCCAGAGCCGCUUCACCAAGAAGCAGCCUUGACCUUAUCAACAUCCCCUCGUCGAUACCCAUCCCCUCCGACAACGAGGCCCCAACCUAUCCCAAACCCGAUAUUAUUCCCGUCACACCCCAUCUCCCAGCCGGUCUUCACAAACGUCCCCUCCAAGAAGACGACGCUCUCGACAUCACCCACAUUUCCAACAGCUUCGUGUCCUCUCCCCGUGCCGAAUCCGCACCACCCCCAACCAAAAGCACCAAGGCCAUCGUCACCGCUACCACCGCGCCCCAAACAGACGUACCCCUCGCCCGCAGUACAUCUGACACCGGCCCAAUCCGCUCCUCAGACCUCUCCGCUAUAGAGCUCUUCUCCCACACACUAGACAUCAGGCCCCCUUCUCCAGAAACGUCAACGGUCAAUUUGGACCCCACCUCGCUCGUGUCGCCUAAACUCGACAAACUCUCCCGCGACCUUUCCACUCGCUAUAAGCCGAUAUCAGCCCGCCAAAUUGACCCCUUUGAGAGGGGCUACUGGCUGGUAGACUGCACGUCGUGGUCCGACCAGACUCGACUUGAUACAUGGGUGUUUCUGACGAAUUACUUGAGAAGCGGACUCGCCGGGUGGGGGGUCUGGUGUAGACGGGACAAAAUGCAUGAUUGGAUGCGUUUUUAUUGUUGGGGACAUGUGGCGAAACAUAUUUAUCUGCUCAUGUAUCUUGCUAGUGGGAGGGAGAUCAAGACCACGGGGGCGCGGUGGUUUGAUGCCGAAGGAGAAGUUGUUUUGGAAGUAGAAGGGGUUGCUAAAAAGUAA